AAUCAAGAUUUCCCCUUGUCUCUGAACCCAGCAAGCGGUCGUCAUCACCUUGUACAAAUACUCAUCGUGUUCUUCAUCAGUUGAGGAAGUGACCAUCAAGCAGCGACCUUGCGCACUCCAUUCGUGCUACCUUGAAGCACUUGUCGCCUUGAUUUUUCAUUCGUGCUGACAAGUCACCCGAGGGACUUUAACACUCUUCUGAAUUACAACAGGACACCACGCUUCACAUCCUUCACCUCUCAAUCAUGGCAAUCUCAGGCUUCCUCUUCCUCUCGUUUCGCAUUGCGCAGAUCCUCACUCUCAUUCCCAUUGUGGGAAUGCUGGCGUGGUUCGUCCAUGGCUUUGUCGUCAACAAUCAGCUCACACCCACCUACAUUCUGUUGCUGUUCAUCACGUCGGUCCUCGCAGCCGCAUGGACUCUAGCAACGCUCGUAACAUACCUGCGCGCUCGUCACUCUGCCUUGUUCGUUGCACUCGUCGACCUCGCUUUCGUGGGCACCUUGAUUGCCGCUGUCUACGAGUUGCGUGCCAUCACAAACCAGGACUGCUCGAACUUCAGCAGCGGAAGCAUCUACCUCAGCCUGGGUCCCUUUGGCUACUAUGGCCGUCAAAGCGGCAGUGACUGGUCUCUCCACAUCAACAAGACAUGCGCCAUGCUCAAGGCCUGCUUUGCCCUUGCCAUCAUGAACAUCAUCUUCUUCUUCACCACCUUCCUCCUUGCACUGCUGGUUCAUAGAAACCACCGUGACCGCGACACGGUUGUAGUCAAGAAAGAAUACCACAGCACUCGCCACGGCCAACGACGCUCCAGUCGUGGUAGCUACGACAGACGCAACUCUCCUCGCCGAUCCCAUCACAGCAGCAACAGACGCUACUAUGUCUGAUCCAUCCGCUUGGUUCAUGACAGACCGCUCCAGCCUAACGACAUGGUUGCUAUCCUUCUACACGAUCCGCUUCAACGACGACACGAUUUGUUUUAAUAUACCAUUACGCACAGCCAUGCAUGCCUUUCCUCCCCUUGAUACUCUACAUAGCAACUCUUCUAAACAGUUGGUUCUACCUUUGUUCUCGUUCCAGGACUGUCCGAUCAUCACUUAUGUACCCUUGAUCGAUAUGCUCUGGGCUACAAUACGUGCUGCAUAUGCUUGUAGUUGUUGUGUUGCCAACAUCGAACCUUCAUCAAGUGUUCCUCAUUGUCUUGUAAGAUAUGC